UUUGUCUUUUGAGGCUUGAAAUUUAUUUAAAUUAGUUUAGGGUGUUCUUGGUACGCCUGCGUCUGAUGACUAAAUUCACCAUUACACUGUCUGGGUUGCAAGAGGUUCUUCCAAUGUAAAUAAAUUGGAAUUUGAUCCGUUUGUUAAGUUUUUAAGUUACUUUUGUUCUUUUUUUGUUGUAAGAAUAGUUGAAUGUGUCGUUAGUGAUAAGAAAAGUGCCGUAACACGAUUUUUUUCGAUGCCCGAAAAUGUCCAAAAACAAGUUUGAUGUUAAAAGUGUGCUCAAUAACAAAAUAGAAGUUAAAAGCAAAUUCGACGCCGAGUUUCGACGGUUCUCGGUUGAGAGAGACCCUCAAGCUCGAUUUGAAGAAUUCCGGGCUUUGUUAGAGCGCUUGCACAGACUGCAGGACAUAGCAUUUUUGGUUUCGUAUAUUGACCCGAGCGAUCAGGAUUUGCUGCCAAUCAACAAUGAUGAUAACCUUCGAAGGGCCUUAGCAAAUGCAAAACCCCUCCUGAGGGUCAUAAUCCAAAGAAAAGGUGAUAGUCUUGAACUGAAUGGAUACGGGACUAUCAAGCCACGAAAUUUAAUUUCUAGCAUAUUAGGCGGCACCCCCGGACGAACAAAGACCUUGGAAAUUUCCAACCCCCAUGAUUUUCGCCAAGUUUCAUCCAUCAUAGAUGUAGACAUUGUACCUGAGACUUGCAGACGCGUGAGACUGCUGAAACACGGCUCAGAUAAACCGCUGGGAUUUUACAUCAGGGAUGGCACAAGUGUGCGAGUCACCCAAAGUGGUUUGGAGAAAAUUCCCGGAAUUUUCAUCUCGCGUCUGGUCCCCGGCGGUUUGGCAGAAUCCACCGGUCUUUUGGCGGUGAACGACGAAGUCCUCGAAGUGAACGGAAUCGAAGUGGCGGGGAAAACCCUCGACCAGGUCACCGACAUGAUGGUGGCCAACAGUUCAAACCUGAUAAUUACAGUCAAGCCGGCAAAUCAGAGAACUGUAGCUCCAGUCCGUCGCGGCAGUUUCAGCCGAAACUCGCAACUUUCAAGCGGGUCACAACAGUCACACACCACCGGGGGCUCCGACCCUGACGAUAAGUACGAUCAGGACGAAAUCGUCGAUCUUACGGGGGCUACCAACCUCGAUGAGAGCUCAGAAGAUGGUAUUCUACACCUGUAACUAGCGUUUGGUAUUAUUUUAACGGUUACUGACUUAAUUCAAAAGCGGUGGUCACGACUGGCGAGUCAUAUCUGCAUUUAUCGUAUUUUUUAAUUCUAUUCAAGUACUUAACUGGAACAAGAUAAGACUUAAGAAACAUUCCCUUUUUAUUCCAAAUAUUUUAUUCCAUUAUCAUGUGUUCUAUCGAGUAAUUCCAUUUAUAUCAUGUUUUAUUGAUUUAAUUAUUUUAAGGAAUAUUAUUAUCGUUAUUCAGUAUUUUAGUUUAGUCCAUUGUGUCUCAAACGGAACCAAGUUCCGUCCCUUCGUCGAAUUUAUGUAAUGGUGGCUACGACAAGUAUUACAUUUUUAUGAUUUUUCGUGUUAUUGUGUCAAAAUCACUUUUACAACAGCUAUUUUUUAAACAGUGUAAAUAAUAUUAUUGUAAGUACCUUUAAGAUGUGAACAUACUGUUUGUAGGUUAUACAUUUUACAUUUUUAUAAACAUAAUCAUGAAAGAGGCCUUUUUUCUCAUCAAUCACUAUAGGGAAAAAUUCCGUCCUUGUAUUGCCUUGAAUCGAGCUUGUGACUUUUUUAAUGUAAUGAUAUUGUUAAAGGUACAUUUUAUGCAAAUGUUAUAGUUGCAUCACAUAUUAUGUACUUAUGAAAAAGUUAUUCGAAAUAUAUAUCUCAAGUUAA